UUAGUUUAUGAUUAAUCUGCGGUGCAUCUGGCAUGUAGCUUUGCAACUCCUUAAUCUUAGUUGACUUUACCAAUUUUUGCGAACAAUAUUGCAUUCAAGGUGUAUUCAAAACUAAAAAAUUUGCUUGCUCAUUCUUGAAGCUAAAUGUAAUAACUCGAAAGUGACUAAAAUCGAAAUGUUCUAGUGGUCAAAAUAUGACAUAAAUCCAUGGUGUGUGCGUUCCGACAUAAACGUGGGAGAGGAGAGGAAGAGAGAUGUGUUGGUGGAUGAAUUACUAUAAUUUGCUUAAUAGCUAAUAGACUCAAUUUCUUUAUUUUUCUUUUUUUAAUUUGUUACGGUUUCGACGUACUCAUACGGGAAAGAUGGUGCCGUAGAAAGUCAUAUUUGAGAAAGAGACAUGCACGAUGGUGUGGAUUACGUAGAAAUAACCCAGAUGUGACGGCUAAGCGCGAAUCCCGGACCUUGCGCACCAAAGUCCGGCGCUUUAGCCACGGUCGUGAACACCGUGCGUCUAGACUUUAAAAAUUUCUGGUAUGCUUUUUACGAUCUGUUCACGAUGUCCUUAUAUGCGACGAUACUGCCAUAUCUCAUCCUAGGAUUGUUAGGAUUUACAUUAGGACAUGAUGUCAAGGGUUCAUCAGUUUGUGAAUUUUAUAACGAAACAAUGUGUGCAGAAUCCCAGCAGGAAUGCUCGGGAAGAGAAGAAUGUGGGCCACAUGAUCCUGGCAAAAGAAAUCACUGUUAUGUGCUAUGGAAAAUUGACAAUGUUACUAAGAAAUCUAUAAUUAAAUUAAAGGGAUGUUUUUUGGAUAGUAAUGAUUGCUAUGAUAGGCCACAUUGUAUUGAAAACAGUGCAGAAAGAAAAAAGGAAUUAUUUUUCUGUUGUUGUGAUGGUAACAUGUGCAAUCAGAAUUUCACAUGGGAUCCACAUCCAACUUCUUCUUCUAAACCUAUUCAACCAUCUGUUUUUCAUGAAUCAGAACCUGUUCCAAACACAGAGCAACAAAUAAUAAUACUUGUUUUGUCAAUAUCGAUACCUAUGCUACUACUUGCUAUUAUAUUGCCAUUAUUAUAUUGGUGUUACCGACGUCGGAAGUCGGGAUAUUUCAACGAGGUUUGGAAGGCAUAUGUACCAACACUAGAGCCUCUGCCACUGCCGCAACCGUCUCCUAAUUUGGGAUUGCGGCCGAUACAAUUGCUUGAAAUAAAAGCUCGUGGUCGUUUUGGAGCUGUAUGGAAAGCACAAUUGAAAAAUGAGAUUGUUGCUGUUAAAGUAUUUCCAAUACAAGAUAAGCAAUCGUGGCAAACUGAACAAGAAAUUUUCAAACUUGCCCAUAUGGAUCAUGAAGAUAUAUUACGUUUCAUAGGCGUUGAAAAAAGAGGUGAUAAUUUACAAGCUGAAUUCUGGUUAAUCACUGCAUACCAUGAAAAAGGUUCACUAUGUGAUUAUUUAAAGGCAAAUGUUGUUACAUGGCCUGAGAUGUGUAGAAUAGCAGAAUCUAUGGCAAGGGGUUUGAUGCACUUGCAUGAAGAAAUUCCAGCCAAUAAAGCAGAUGGAUACAAACCUGCUGUGGCUCAUAGAGAUUUUAAGUCAAAAAAUGUUUUGCUUAAAGCUGAUAUGAGUGCUUGUAUAGCAGAUUUUGGUUUAGCAUUGAUAUUUCAUCCUGGGAAACCUUGUGGAGAUACUCAUGGACAGGUUGGAACAAGAAGAUAUAUGGCUCCAGAAGUUUUGGAAGGAGCAAUUAAUUUUACAAGAGAUUCAUUUUUACGAAUCGAUAUGUAUGCCUGUGGUCUGGUGCUCUGGGAGUUAGCUUCGCGAUGCACUGUACAAGAUGGACCAAUUGGGGAGUAUAGAUUACCAUUUGAGGAUGAAGUAGGUCUUCAUCCCACUUUGGAAGAUAUGCAAGAAAGUGUUGUGCAUAAAAAAGAAAGGCCAAUCAUUUUAGAAACAUGGCGUAAACAUCCUGGGCUGCAAUCAAUUUGUGAUACAAUGGAAGAGUGCUGGGAUCAUGAUGCCGAAGCACGUCUUUCAGCUUCUUGUGUAAUGGAAAGGGUUGCUACAUUGAGUAGGACGCUUGUUUUAAAUUCGUCAACGUUGAUACGAGUUGAUAAUACCAACGAGACUAUUACCACUAAGGAAUCUAGUAUGUAGUUAAUCUACAUGUAUUAUAGUUUUAGUUAAAUUGCACAACCAUUUUCUGUAUCAUAAUUUUAUGCAUACAUCAAUGAGGAAUGUUAAAAUAUUGCAUGCUAUUUUGUAAUGAUUAUUUUUUAUCUUUUUAUUGGCUUUUUCUUUUGUUUUAAAUUAAAAUAAGUCUUAACCCAUUUGCAUCCAAGAUUAAUCCGCGCGCUGCGACUGUCUUCUAUCACCAAGCGCGGAUUAUUACGCAAUCGGACGACUGUCUCCUAUCAUCAAGCGCGGAUUAUUACGCGCGCUACGACUCCUUUUUUUAUUUUCAUUUUAAUCUAAAUAAUUUUUACUUUUUUCCUCUGUUAUAAAGAAUGUAAGAUGCGAUGUUUGCGAAGUAACAUUGUCUACCAAUCGUUUUGAACAGUAAAUUUUCGAUAAACUCCAUGAAGAAUUCUGAUGUCAUUUAAUGCAUCUACGUCCGACCGCACGCGUUGAUAGGGAUCAAUCCUCUUAAGUAUGCCAUGAUGCAAAUGGGUUAAUGUUUUAAAGUAACGUAAAUCAUCGCGAACAAAAUUGUUUUCGUUAAUUAGAUACUACAGUAUCAAGUAGAAAUAUUUUUACGAAGAUAACUUUUUUAAAUAAUCGUUAUUUAUUAAAUGUAAUUAUUGUCUUAAUGUAGUACUCAUCUCUGGAUUACUUGUAUAUAAAUCAUUCACGUGAUAUAUAUAUAUAUAUCACUAAAAUUUUAUAAUUAAUAUAGUUUAUUAAAUAUUAGUAACUAUUUUAUAUAAAAAUUUGGAAUCAAUUGAAUCAAUUCUUCAUUCGUAUUGUAUACAUAAAAUUAGGGAUCUACAAUGAGAAACAAAAACUUCAUUGCUAAAUUUACAUUUCACUUAUAAAUCUCAUUUAAGUAAAAAUUCAAAUGCAAUUAGAAAUACUUCUUUAUAUGUACAGUAUUAAUGAUAAACAUAAAUGUUGAGAUUCUUAUCCUUUAGUUUUUGCCGAAAUGAGUUCCAAGUUAUUGUAUCAAAUGAUAAAAUACAUACUAUUAAUAUCUUUUUGUUUGUUUACGCAGUUGUAUUCCUCAUUGAUAUUAGCAAUCGCGCAGUAAUAGGUCAGAGAUAACAAAAUGAAUUAAACACUAGCCAAGAUGAUAUUCAAUGCAUAAUUUUUAUCUGUAAAGUCUUAUCAUAUGUGAAUUGUUACAAAGAUAACUCAACAAUUUUAUACAAAGUACCUGGUAGAAACAGUCAACUUAACUGAUUGGAAGCCAUGAGGAAUUUAUUAGAACUUCUGCACGAAGUAGAUGACUAUUUUAAUUAUUUUGCAUUUUAAAGAGUAUAAUAUUUAAGGUGACUAAUUUAUUUCGCAAAAUAAGAUUUUUUCCAUGAUCUCUUUUAAUUUUAAAUAAUAUAUUAUAUAAUGUAAGAAGCGAAGAAAAAUUUAUUAAAAGCACAUUGCGUAAAUACAUAAUGAUAUAUAUUUUAUUUAUUAAAUUUAAUAAUUUUCUUAUUAAUUCGAAGUAUAUAAAAUGUAUAUUAUAAAACUAUAUUAAACAAUCAAAAUUAAUACUGCAUACUCAUAGCUCAUGGAUUAAAUUUUAUUAAGCCUAGUAAAAGUCUUCCUUAUGUAUUUUACUUUUAAGUAUAAUGAUUUCAUUAUAGCAGCACACAGUUUUCUUGAGGAAAGUGAUUUCUAGUUAUUAUAUAUAUGAUCUAGCUUUGAAAUAAAUCUUGCAUCCAGUGUGUUCACAGUGGUUAUGUAAGAGAAGUCUUGAAUACAUAAUUUUAUAUAUAUGUAUGUGUUAUUUAUAUGUUGAAAUUAUUAAAUGAAACGGAGCAUUUUGUAUGAACCAAUUUUCUACGAUAUGUACAAUUUUUCUAUGACAUAUAUUGUCUAACUAAAAAAUAUUUUCACUAAAUUCAGUUUCCACACACACAUACACACAAUGUUGUUUUUCAUAUUAUAAGUUUUAUAUUAUAAUUUCUUCCAAUUUUAUUGAAGACUGUAUAACGAGACUGGAUAAUCUUUAAAACGGUCGUAAAAAUAUUUAAUUUAUUUGUUCACUAAUAAUUCCGUAAUAGUGGUCUAAGAGUGACAAUAUAGAAUUGUUUUUAAGAAAACGAUGGUUAUUCAAGAUGCACGUUUCGGACGAUACUGUUUUAUUUAAAUAGUGAUUUGAAUGUAUCAAUUCUAAACAAAUGAUUUCUUUUACUUGCUCUGAUUUAUUUUAGUUAAAAAAGUUAGUUAAAGAAAGCAAAGUUCCAUUACAAAUCAAAUUUAUGUUAUAAUAGUCUUUUAUUUUGUGAAUAGCCAAAUUCUUGAACUUAAAGUUGAAAGUUGAAAGUUGAUAUGAUCAAGAUUGGAUAGUUGCAUUACACAAGCUGUGAUAAUCAGUAUAAAAUUUAAGUAUUGUAAUAAUAAAUAAGGCCUAACUGAAUUUUAGAUAUUUUCCAUAAUUCACAAUUAUAAUUUCUCAGAGCAAGUAGAGAAUCGGUAGGUUGUUUUAUCUCUGAUGUUGGACUUUAGCAGUGCCAAAAGGGUAAUAUAUGCACACACUAUAGCUUCAUCUUUGUAUAUUAAUUUGUAGCUAAGUAAGAUACUGAAAUCGGUAACAUGUACCUAUUAAUCUUUAACAUGUUAUAAAUGAGAAAUUAACCUGUAAUUGAUUAUAUAUUAUUUUAUUAAAUUUUAUUUUAUUUUUUUAUUAUUUUCCAAAAAAGCAAGAACUUUAUGUAUAAUAUCCAUCUUUACAAUGCAAUAUAAUUAUAAUAAUGUUGAUUUAUCAAAUGAAUCAUAGUUUAUUUAGCAGUUAGUACACAAUUAUGUAUCACACAAUUUCAUAUCAAUUAUGGAAAUCAAUUAUGGGUUAAUUACAACACUAUCUAGAAUUUAACAAAUUUUUGGACUUUUACAUAUCGAAAAGCAGGUGACUGCAUUUAUGAAGAAAUUUUUUAUUUCAUAUAUGCUGUAUAUGCUGCGAAUUUUAUUUGUAAAAAUUGUGUAAUAGGAAUGUUAUAAUCUCAUCAUUGCUAAUUGUUAUGUAAUUACAUAAUUCAACAAUAUCUUCGUGUAAAAAGUUAGGAAACAGUGCAUUUGACAGAGAAAUCGGUCUAUUCUCAUAAGACUGAAUUAUGAAUAAAACAGUUAUCUACAAUAAAGAGAAAGAGAAGAAUGUUUGCAAUUUUAUGCUGUUCAGCAUAUAUUCAUUUUAAGAGAGUGCAAUGGUGAGGUAAUAUUUUGAAACACAUUGUAUAUAAAUAGAUACACAAAUCAUAGACAUGCAUACAACGUAUCACGUUACAUUGCUUAUCUUUUAUUGAAUCAUAUCCCAUGAAUAUAUAAAGAAUUUAGGUUUUAAUAUUGACAGUACCGCAAUGGCAUUCCAGUCACAUAUAAUAUAUUGUAUAUUAAUGUAAAUCAAUAUUAUAAUUUCUGACUUCUAAGGCUAUAGUAAUUCUUAUUGAUGUCGCCAAUAUAAAUUAAGAGAUUUAUUCUUAAUAUUUUGCCAUUUAAAUUACUUUUUUGCUAUUUGGUUACAUCAUAUUUUUGAAUUUUUUUAUCCAAUCCCAUAUAAAACUACUAAAAAAUGUCAUGAAACAUAACUGAAAAAAUAUACUCCAGAAAGGAAAUUCUUAUUUAGAAGAUAUUAAUUUUACCAUUUAGUUAUAUACUCACACAUUAGUUCAAUGCAAAGUUUCUUUGUCUCGUGAGAUAUAAAAUAUCUGAUAAAAUCAUAUUUGUAAAUAUGAUGAACGUUUUUUGUAAUAUUUAGUAUCAAAAUAUCAAAAUACUUCCGAUACCAUAAUUUGUUUCAUAUCAUACAUGAUAUAUGUAUAUGUGUAAUUUAAUCAUAUUGUCUACUUUUGGCAUUGUUGUUACUACUGAUAUACAAUUUUGAGUAAUUCAUUGUGUAAUACAUUUUUGGUAAACUUUGUUUGAUUAUAUAUCUUUUGUUUGAAUUGCAUUGUAUUAUAAAUAGCCUAAUCAGACAUAUUUUAUAUCUGCAUUCAGUCUAAGAUAGGAGAUCUGUAAAUAGGAUUUAGUGAAAUGUAAUUUUUAGAAAUAAGACCAUUAAAGAAAAAGGUAAUUUCUUACUUAUAAUUUAAGUAUAAUGUGACUCAUAGCAAUAGAAUGUUCCUAUGCACAUUGGAUGUAACUGUUUUCAAAAUUAUAUUAUGUAGUAACAGAUUUUUGUAACAUUGGCCUGACAAAUUUUUUAUACAAUAAGAAUAUACAAGAAAAUGUUAUUUCAAACGAACGAAGUAACAGAUGAAAUGUAUCAAUUCUAGCAGAAAUAAUCAUUUCCAUGAAAUUGUAUGUAAAGGAGUGUUGGUUGCAGAUAAAGUUCCUCAUUUGAAACGAUCAUGGUAUCGAUCGUAGAUAUUAACAUUAUAGAAGAGGGAAUAAAAAAAGCGGUGCUUGGAAAGAUAAUAUAAAAUAUAAAAUUUUUUAAUAUCUAAAUAUGUAGAUAACAUCGCUUUUGUUUGUAAUAAAAUAGCGUUAUUAAUGUGUUAGGACCGAAAACGAAUUAUCAUUUAUCAUACCAUUACAACUAAUUAUUUUGUCGAUAAUGUAACAUAUAAUAUAAUUGCAUAGUUAAAAGCACGCAAAAUAAACAUUUUAAUAAGUGAGAUAAUUAAAAUUGGUUUACCAAAGUUCGCAAAAAGCAGGAACACAUUUAAAAAGCAUAUCUAAUAAAUAUGAAAAGUUUAUUUAUAAACAUAUAUUUAGUAACACGUUUUUUUUGUUUGCCGCUUAUUUUGAGCCAUAAUUUUCUUUUUCUCAGAUACCUUUAAUUGCACCAAAUCUGUUUAAUUUGCAUAAAUAGGUAACAUAAUUUAAGGUAAUUCAGAAGGUAUUUAAGAAUUUUAAAGAAUUUAUAUUUUUAGACAAUGCGGAACAAUAUUUCUUUUAAUUUAUACACUAUAUUUAUUACUUAUAUUUAUUCGUUUAUUUACACUACCUUCAUAUUCUAAAUAAAUAAGAUGCCUUACAGGGAAUAUACUGAUGUAUGGAGGAAAUAUACAGGGAUACAAUUACAAUUUUAGAUUUUAUUUGAUUACAUUGUAUGCUUCAGCAUACUAAAGAAUACAUGAAGCAAGUAAAAAAAUGUGAUUGUUGCGAACCACAAGCACGCGAUGUAAUAAUUUAUACACCAGAUAAAACUAAACGAGAUAUCUGUUAAUCGUGCGAUGUACGGAAUAGAUAAGACUAAAAUAUAAGUUAGAAGAUUAAAAAUAAAAUUCAACGUUAUCGCACAGUCGCAUUAAUAAACUUACCUAUACACUAUGAUCACAGUUACAUUCAUAAUUAUUGUAAGUUAUUACAUGUCAUUAUCGUCUUUAUCAUCAUUAUUAUCAUAUUUUACUGUAUAUAUGUACAUUUUGGUUAUAAAUAGGUGUAUGUUCAAUUAAAUAUAAUCUGGUUUGAAAGCCUA